GUUUCUGUUUUCAAUUGCUAUGACAUUGUUACUUUUUGGGAGUAAAUUAUAGCUAAUAAAAGAAAAUAAUUUGUAUAUUUUCCUGCAUAAAGAUGGAAUGCAGUUGUUUGAGUAGUUUGCAUAUUUUGAAAAACAAGGUGAUGAAAGGUUGUCUUUUAGUCAGUUUAUGAGGAUUAAUUUGUAUUAUAUCACAGCGAUAUGUAAACUUGGUUUUGGUUUUAUUUUUUCUGGUUUUAGACGUGUUAUAACCUGUAGGAUUAAAUGAUACAUAUUUGUAGGGCAAUCAAUUACGUAUGAUUUUGGUGAGGUGGGUUUUGGGAUAUGUUGGGAUUUCUGAGGAUUGAGCUUCGACUUCCAGAGAUUCUCUUAUUUGCUGUCUGUUGCUCUCAUUUUUAUUAUUACUUUUUGUAAAUUUGAAGGGCGCUUUCGACUGAAAUGGAAAUAUGAAAUUGGUUGUUGUUAAGAGCUUAGUGAUUGUAUUUCUACUUUAAUCAGAUUUUCCUUGAUUAACCAUCUGCAAGUUGUUACAUAGGUAGAUUACUCAUCUCAUUCAUAAGGGUAGACGAAGCUGAAAAUGAUCACUGGAUGAUCUUCAAUAUAGGUGGAAACUAGGAAAUAAGAACAUAAACACAUUGUUUUUAUUUUUUAUUAUAAACUGGUUUUAGCUGCAAUAAUUUUUGUGUUACUAAACAUGUUCAGUUACUGCUUAGUAUUUUGAAAGAAUUUGUUUGUCAAGUUGUUUAUCAAGUGGGCAUUGGAGAUGGACUAUGCAGUUAUUUCACCGAAUUCUAGAACUGAGGUUCAUUGUUUGCUUACUUUGAAACAAGUUGACCCGAAACGUGGAAUUCGUCACUUUUCAAUCAAGUUUAAUCACAAAACUCGAUCUUGUUCUUUUUGGAAAGGAAAUCUUGUUGUGGGAAGAAACAUGUUCUGUGUUAAGUGCCAAGGACUGCCUGGAAGUGUUUAUGUUGACAGAGUUAAUGAAGUUUACCAAGAUGAAUGGAGCUCAGACAGUGAUUUAUUGGGUGGCAAUACAAAUUUCGAAGGGAAGAUGAUUACAAGAAAGCCUCAAAAUUCUUCAUUACCAUCUUUAGAUGGGCCCUUUGUUGAAAAUGAUGAAGAAACCAACAAUAAAGUUCUUCACAAUUUAUGCAUCAGUGGGAAGUUAACCCAGGCAACAAGGUUGAUUGAUAUAAUGGCACGUCGUAGUCAAAUUCCUGACUUUCCUUCUUGCAUAAAUUUAAUUCGUGGUCUUGUUAAAGUUGAUCUGAUAGAUAAAGCUUCCAAGGUCCUUGAAAUCAUGGUAAUGUCUGGUGGGAUUCCAGAUUCUAUUACAUACAACAUGAUGAUUGGUGGUCUCUGUAGGAGAGGACAUAUAAGAUCUGCCAUUAGUCUCCUAGACAAAAUGAGCGUGAGUGGCUGUGCACCGGAUGUGAUUAGUUAUAACACGAUACUUCGCAGCAUGUUUGAUAAUGGAAAAUUUGAGCAGGCUAUUGGGUUUUGGAAAGAGCAGCUGAGAAAGGGGUGUCCUCCCUAUUUGAUUACCUACACUGUUCUCAUUGAGUUAGUCUGCAGGCACUGUGGAACUGUACGUGCUAUGGAAGUAUUGGAAGAUAUGACUACUGAGGGUUGUUACCCUGAUAUUGUUACCUACAAUUCACUUGUUAAUUUCACUUGUAGACAAGGGAGAUAUGGGGAUACAGCUGUGGUCAUUUACAAUAUAUUUUCUCAUGGAUUGGAGCCAAAUACUGUAACUUACAAUACACUCCUCCAUUCUCUCAGUAGCCGUAGGUGUUGGGAUGCAGUAGAUAAGAUUCUUGCAAUCAUGAAUGAAACCUCUCAUCAUCCAACAGUGAUCACUUUUAACAUUUUGAUCAAUGGUUUGUGUAAAUAUGGGCUUUUGGAUCGAGCAAUCAACUUUUAUAAUCAAAUGGUUUCCCAGAAUUGUUUGCCUGAUAUUGUAACUUAUAAUACCCUCCUAGGUGCUCUUUGUAAAGAGGGAAUGGUGGAUGAAGCUCUUCAGUUACUUCACUUGUUGAAUGGCAGUUAUUGUUCUCCUUGUUUGAUCACCUACAAUACUGUGAUUAAUGGAUUGGCUCAAAAGGGUUCCAUGGAGAAGGCAAUGGGAUUAUAUCGUCAAAUGCCGCAGAAUGGGAUCAUUCCUGAUGAUAUUACUCAUCGCUCUUUGAUUUGGGGGUUUUUCCGGGCAGAUCUGAUUGAGGAAGCAGUAGAGAUACUGAGAGAAAUGGGUAAAAGAGGCCAUAGGAUCAGAAAUAGUGCUUACAAGAGAAUUGUCCGUGGAUUAUGUAGAAGUAAGAAGCUGGAUAUGGCAAUACAAGUUCUAGAAUUAAUGAUCUCCCUUCGAUCUAAGCCAGACGAAGCAACUUAUUCCACAAUACUUAAAAGUGUAGCCGACGCUGGAAUGGCAGAAGAGGCUAGCAAGUUGCGUGAAAAGUUGAUAGAGUGGAAGGUUUUUAAAGAAGGUACCAGAUUGAAUUGAAGAAGCGUUUAAGCAAACUUCAGUGUUAUCAUAUGUUUUCUGGAAUCUUGACAUCAGUAUUUUGCUGAAAGGAUUUACAAAAUAUACAUGCUCAUUAUGUGUUUUCCCCAUCUUUAUUCACCCAUUUGCAAUUGCAGUUGUUUCAUCUGCAGAAACAGCCACUCCCACAGAAUCCAUAGUAUAGUCAAUUCUUUUACCAGGAAGAUGAUGUUAGCUUCUCUGAAUUUGUACCACAUAAGGAUGUACAUUCCAUUUAAAUGACUUUGAGCGGUGUCAAUGGGGUAUUUUAACUCAAUGUUGUAUACUGUCAUUCUGAGCUAAAUUUUCUAAUGGCAAGGGAAUUACUUCA